UGUGCUCGCUUUUCUUCUCUGCCAUUCGUUUGUUCGUUCGAUUCGUGUUCUUAAACGCAUUCAAAUUUCAGAAAAAACAAGGAACAAAGCAGUCUUUUGCUUUCGAGAUUUCUCUCUCUUUCCUUCUCUCCUUCGACGGAACGUGCGUGGGUGGGAACGGGAAGAGGGCUUGACCAAACCCACCAUUUUCAAGGAAACUUCUUGGACGGUUUAGUUUGAGGAUAAACAUAAGAUCCGGCUGUCAAAGUAGGUGACAGCCUGAUUUUCUUGAACAGUUUCAAAGAUCUAUUCGAAGAUCCUUUUUCUUUUUUUUAUUUCUUGGUACAGCAGGUGAUCUCAUAGAAAGGUCUCGCUUUCUGGGUCGUCUACAUCUUAGAUUGCUUGCUCGACCGUUGGUUUUUGCUUAAUGUUCUUUCAGAGUUAUCUUCGAUUGGCAUGAGAUAUUUUGAUUUGUGUUUUAGAUAUGGGUUCCUUGUCCGGAAUCCUUCAACGACCAUUCAUUGCUGUAACUGCUGUCGCCGUUGCUUCUAUUUCCUCUGACUUUUCAGACAAGAUACCAUCUCAGAGACCAACAGAGGCUACUUCUUCUUCUUCUUUUUCAGAUUUAUCCCAUAAUUCAACUUUAGAUUUCUUGAAGGAAUCAAGGACAUCAUUUGCUUUUGUUUCAAAGCUUGAAAACUUAUCAUUUGUCACCAAAAUUCAUGCACCUGUCCUUAAGUUUAGCUUUCCGAUUCCAACUACCAGUUGCGACUAUGUUAGAAACUUGCACGCGUCUUUGGUGUCUUCCACCGUUCUUUCUAAUUUAUAUCAGUCAGCUGCAUUGACCAAGGCAUCAAAACAGAUUGCACCUUCACCUAAAUUUUCUUCCCCACCUUCUGAGGUUAUGUACAGAUGGCAUUUACCAGAGCCAACUUCUUUAGAUAUUAGGGGUAGUUCUGCUUGUUCCGUGGCAAAAUCUAGGACGGUGGUGGUUUUAUUAGGAUGGUUGGGAGCAAAGCAGAAACAUUUAAAGAGAUACGCCGAAUGGUAUACUUCAAGGGGUUUUCAUGCCAUUACCUUUACUUUUCCAAUGACUGAGAUACUCACGUAUCAGCUUGAUGGGAAAGUUGAACAGCACAUUGGCUUGCUUGUGAAUCAUCUUGCUGAUUGGUUGGAAGAGGAGCACGGAAAGAACCUGGUGUUUCACACUUUUAGCAAUACUGGAUGGUUAACUUAUGGAGCUAUUCUGGAGAAGUUUCAGAAGCAUGAUUCUUCUGUAAUGGGAAGGAUUAAGGGCUGCAUUGUGGAUUCUGCCCCUGUUGCAGCUCCUGACCCUCAGGUCUGGGCAUCAGGCUUCUCUGCAGCCUUUUUGAAAAAGAACAGUGUAGCAACAAAAGGAUUGACAACCUUGGACAGCACAGGGAUGGAAGUACCAAUGAGCAGUAAAGAAGAUAUCGUACCUAAACCUGCAGUUACUGAAGCAGCACUUCUAUUAGUUUUGGAGAAGAUUUUUGAUGUUGUUUUGAAACUACCGACCGUGAACAGGAGGCUAUCUGACGUGUUGGACACAUUAUCAUCGUCACAACCAAGCUGCCCUCAACUGUAUAUCUACAGCUCAGCGGAUCGAGUUAUCCCAGCCGAUUCUGUGGAAUCAUUUAUCAAAGAGCAACGGCAAGCAGGACGAGAGGUUAGAGCUUGCAAUUUUGUGUCCACCCCUCAUGUAGAUCAUUUUAGGAAUGACCCAAAACUAUAUACUUCUCAGCUUAGUCAGUUUCUAGCAGACUGUGUGCUUACUUCUUGUAGAGAGUCCCGUUAGCUCAAAUUUGAGUUGGUCGCUCACCAUUUUACCCGAUUCUUUUCUUCUUCUUAUACAACAUUGUUCGUUCUUGUAUACAUGUGAGAGCAAGCAAAAAGCCAACAAUUCAUUAGUUUUCAAUAUAGAUCACUGUUCAAUUGUAUU